CACGUGCUGUCAGCAACACCUGAUGAGCGUCGUUCAUUACCUUUUCAGACUACCGUGACUUUUUUUUAAAUAUAACCAACGGACACAAUUUACUCCUCCGUUUUUACUAAUUUUCUAAUUAAGGAAAAGCUCGUGAGAGAAGACGUUAUCUGGAGACCGAGGACGUUAUGCAAACUGGCAAAGACGAUGGAGAGGUGACGGCUGUGUCAGUAAAUCGAUUUACUUCAGCAGAGGCACCUCCCUCUGGGAUGUCCAAGAAUGGAUACUUCUUUCAGGAAAUGGAGCAGCGGGAGGUGGAGCCGGAGGAGGGCAGCGAGGGCCAGCAGGAGGAGGGCCAGGACUCGCCAAUCACCUGCGGAGACGACAUUCACCUCUACGACAACCAGCUCAGCCCCGGGCCAGACGCUGACGACUCUGGCUGUGUGUUGCUGAACACGUCAAGAAAGUAUGUGAAGCUGAUGAACUUCGAGGAGGAGAUCCGGGCUCACAGGGACCUGGACGGCUUCCUGGCGCGGGCCACCAUCCUGCUGGACGAGACCGCCGCCUCGCUGGACGACGUCCUGAAGAGGAUGCUGCACAGCGUGGGCCAGGACAGCAACGCAUCCGAACCCACCUGCAACUUCGAGGAGGUGAUGAGCAUGCUGUUCACUGACGCCGGAGCGCAGGAGGUCAACGACAAGUCUCAAAGUUUCGUUUUCUUUGAUGAUGUGCACCUGCUGUCAGAGACGAUCCAGGGAGCUACAGCCACCGCCACCGGCAUCCAGUACCAGCAGUCCUGGCUCUGCAUCCUCUGCAACGUGAAGUAUCUCCAGAGGCGUCACGUGUGCAUCUCCCGCCUGGAGAGGCCACAAAACUGGGGGGAGAACUGCUGCGAGGUCCGCUAUGUCAUCCUGAUCCUCGCCCCGUCCAAAAUGAAAAGCACCAAGACGGCGAUGGAGCUGGGCAGGACGUUCGCCACGCUCUUCUCCGACAUCUCCUUCAGGCAGAAGCUCCUGGAGACCAAGACCCAGCAGGAGUUUAAGGAGGCGCUGGUGUUCCAGAGGCACCAGCUGACUGCAACCCUCCAGCAGCCCACCGCCCUGGGGAAGGAAGAGACGGACCCCCGCAGUCAAAAGCCCCUCGAGUAUAAAGACUUCUUAAGAGCCGGCCGGGGGAUUUACGAGGACCUGUGCCGCCGUCUACCUCACUACCCCUCCGACUUCACAGAUGGUAUAGUCGGCAGUAAUAAAACUCUGCUGAAGUACAUGACCACCGCCAUCUUCCUCUACAUCGCCAUCCUCCUCCCCGCCAUCGCCUUCGGAUCCCUCAACGACGAGAGCACACGUGGGGAGAUAGAUGUUCGGAAGACCAUCAUCGGCCAAAGCAUCGGCGGGGUCAUCUACUCAUUGUUCGCCGGCUCUCCUCUAGUCAUCCCCCUCACCACCGCGCCCCUCGCCAUCUUCAUCAGCGUGAUACGAGGAAUCUGCGACGACUACAACCUGGAUUUCCCCGCUUUCUACGCCUGCAUCGGUUUGUGGAACUGCUUCUUCCUCAUCCUGGGAGGCAUCUUCAACGUCAGUCUGCUCAUGAAGCUCUUUAAAAGGUCUACAGAGGAGGUCAUUGCGCUCUUCAUUUCCAUCGCAUUUGUGGUGGAUGCAGUGAAAGGCACAGUCAAAAUCUUUCUCAGGUACUACCACCCACCGACGCUUGGAAACACAACCGUACAGAUCCUCCAUCAGGCUGGAGAUCUGCUCGGGGGAAACAGGAGCGAGGCGGCGGGAUACGCUCUCAACGCCCUCCCCGAAACCGUCAUCCAUUGCACUCGAGAGAGGCCGCUCCUCUGCAUGCUGCUGAUGCUCGGGACGUUAUGGAUGGGCUACACCCUGUACCAGUUCAAAAGGAGCCCGUUCCUGCAUGUCAAAGUGAGGGAGGUGAUGUCGGACUGCGCUCUGCCGAUCUCAGUGCUCAUGUUCUCCUUCAUCGGCUCCUACAUUUUCAGUGACAUUGACCUUCCAGUUUUUAAAGUUUAUGACCGGCCCGUCUUCAGGGUGGCUCCAUUUGAGCGUCUGUCGGCCCUCAACGUGGUCAGCGCCAUGGGCCUGGGAUUCCUCCUGGCCGUCCUCAUCUUCAUCGACCAGAACAUCGUCGUCUCGCUAACCAAUGCGCCAGAGAACAGGUUGCUGAAGGGCACGGCGUAUCACUGGGACCUGAUGCUCUCUGGGCUCAUUAACAUCCUGAUGUCAGUGCUGGGGUUGCCCUGGAUGCACGCCGCCUUCCCCCACUCCACCCUCCAUGUGCGCCAGCUGGCGUUCGUGGAGCAGCGUGUGGAGGGAGGGCACCUCUACGAGACUAUUGUCCAGGUGAAGGAGACGCGGCUGACGUCUCUGGCUGCCAACAUCUUCAUCGGCGUGUCGGUGCUGCUGCUGCCCCUCCCGCUGCAGUGGAUUCCCAAACCCGUCCUGUACGGCCUGUUCCUCUACAUCGCCCUCACCUCCAUCGACGGAAACCAGAUGUGCGACCGCAUGGCUCUCCUCCUCAAGGAGCAGACCUCCUACCCUCCGACCCACUACAUCCGCAAAGUGCCCCAGAGGAAGAUCCACUACUUCACCUUCCUGCAGAUGAUGCAGCUGCUGGUGCUUUGCACGUUCGGCAUGUACCCCAUCCCGUACAUGAAGAUGAUCUUCCCUCUGCUCAUGAUCAUGUUGAUUCCAAUCAGGAACAACGUGCUUCCUCAUAUCAUUGAGGCCAAAUACUUGGACAUAAUGGAUGCCCAACACAUGUAGAGACAGCUGGAGACAAGUUCUGGAUCCACAAGAAAACCGUCUGGAAUUUGAAGGGAAAAAAAAUAAUACAAAUACGGAUUUAAAAAUAUUUUUCAAUGCAAAACUGUUUGGAAGCAAAAAGGAGAGAUACCAACUAUUUUGAUUUUUGUAUCUGAUAAGAACAUUCUUGCAGGUGAAGCACUUGAAAAUUGGAAGUGAUGUGAGAAAGAGAGAUGAGGAGCUGUGGGACAGCCUCUCUUUGGGAAAGUUCUGCCAAAAAAAAAGGAAAGUCCAGAACCCUGUUUCCCCUCUGUUUGACCCUGUCAGCCUGUCAGUGACAUAUACCUCCAUGUUCCUCCACAUUGUACCAAACCCUUACUGGAGUGUAGUCAUCUGUGUGUUAAGCUAUGGGUUAGUGCUUCAAGUACUCACUAAUACUGUGUAAUUAUUAAACAAUUCUGCCAUUAUAGAGAGGCGUAUUUGCACAAUGUAAGCAUGAACACUCGCAUUGUGUUUUUACACCGUCAUUCUACAUGCUUACACUGUGUUGCUAAGUACUUAAACACUUUUCCGUGGGUGAAUUAACGCUGCAUUCAAACCACUGCAAAGUAAAUGUGUACCCUUUGUAAUUCUGUCAUUGUGCAGUGUGAAAACCGUUACAUUCCUGCACCUUUUAGCUGUGAUUCCCCCUUUUUUACUAUGAAGGACACUUGUGCUUAUAGUUUCUAAGACAUUCCAAGAAAAUGCAGCAUUCAUCAAGGAGGUAAAAGGAACGUGUGUGUCUCAUAGCCACACUACUAAGCUACUUUAUCCGUCUAGCUUCUUGCCAGGUCUUUCAGAAACCUCAUUUCUAAAGCUGCAUUCACAUCAGCUCUUUGUCUUGCUGAAAACAACUAGUUGGUUUAGUUUUUAUUGUAGCGUCCCCUGCUAGCUUGCACCACCACAUACAGCUGUCAUCUGAUUGGUUUCUUGUCGAACGGUCAGCGCUAAACGAGAUAAAAAGCUCGGACACAAUUUCGAGCGAUAUCCGGCGACAAGUUAGAGCGAAGUUCAGCGACAAAUUUGAGUGAUGUCCGGCGACAAGUUAGAGCGAUGUGAAUGCGGCUUUGGGUGGAAUUACUCAGCUGAAUAAAAUAAUUCCACAGUUAUAUAUUAUAUUUUGUAAUUAUUUAGAGCAACAGCACAAACCAAACUAUAUUGUGAAAUCUUUAUCAAAUUAUGAAUAUAUUAGAAUAUAUUAUGGCAAUAUACAAAUAUAAAUAUUUAUUUAUCAUUAUGACAGUUUAUCUUUUAAGUAAAAUAAUGAAAAUUGUUUGUGUUUAAGCUGAAACGGAAAGUAGUUUGUAAUUCUCUGUUUGCUCCUUCACAUUCCUGAUCCACAGUUACUGAUUGUUGAAUUUUAGCGUCUUGUCUUACAUCAGGCUGUGCCGCUGUGUUUACACAUCAAAGUCAUUCCAGUUCAUGUCGAAGUCCAACACCGUUCUGGUGCAUCGGUAGUAAAGAUGAAAGGCAGGUAAAGGUAAAAAAAUAAAUAAAAAGAUUACAAAAAACCUUUAAAAAAACUAUUUGUGAGCUUUGGAUUAAACAAAGUGCAUCCUAUUUUUGUUUUAUUUUGUGAACAAGUGUUCAAAGAUGAGUUUUAGAAUAAUCUGGUCUUGUUUUCUAUUUAGAUGUUAUGAUUAGAUCAAUGCUUGCAAACGUUGUCAUGUAAAAAAUCCAGACGUCUGGAAAGAUUAUCUUGUUACAGUACAAAAAAUAAAACACAAAAAAAAGACAAUUUAUUUUAGCAGACACUGUUUAGCCUAAAGCAUGUCUAAUCUGGGUUUUUGAUACGAUGUAAUGCUAAUAGACAUGUAUCCAAAAGACUAACAAAUCAAACAGCUCAAUAUUCAGCAAUACUGUGUAUACAAACUGGUGAGAUUCAGGUUUCACAGCGGAAGUGGUGAAACAAAAGCCAACAGUUGCAUUUUUAAGACUUUUAGUUCAUCUAUAAUAAAACUGCUCUGUGCUGAUUCAAUUAUUUCAAACAUCAAGGAGAAAAACAAAAGUUUGCCCGUGAACAAAGCAUUCACAGCGCUGGGUUUUAUUACUGUUUACUUGCUUUCCCAAAGUCCAAAUGGCAGCUCCCUAUUGCACUGUUCAACUUUGUCUUACAGAUGUGAGAAAGAUGUCCAAUUUAAGCAGAUGUCUCAUGCCGAGAUAGCAAGGCAUGAAAGGAAAGCUCGGAAGCAUUUGCAUAAUCCUUUGGAUUAAGGUUUAAAACAGCUCUGGCGAGAGAGAUGUGAGGUAUGAAGUAAUAUGUACAGUUUGCAAUGCAAAGUUUAGUUUUUAUCAAGUAUCCAUUAUAAUCCACGGCAAGGUAUUAGUUUCUAACUUUGGACAGAGUACAGAGAUUUAACCAUUCUUCUUCUUACGUGACAGUAUUGUUGUUGUUCCUUGAUAUCUUCUCCGUGCUGAUGCUUUUGGAAUAGCAGCAAACUUCUCUCAGAGGGCCUGACUUCAGAUUCAGAGUGAUAUUCAGAUUCAGACGUUUGUGAAACCUUGACUCCCCUCCUCCUGAUUGGAUUUGUUUGAAAUUGCGUACUGUGGUGUUUUUGCUUUUCUUUUCCUGAUUUCAUAUAGCCUACUUUUUCUAAUCAUGAAUGUAAGAUGUUUGGGUUUUUAUAUAGCAUAAUCAUUUAGGUGUCGAACAGAAACUGUAAUUUUGUCAAAAAGAUCAGCUAUAUUUGUAAGCUGUAAUAUGUAAAAUGGGAAAAAAUGGUUAUAAAACAGAAUGUGUUGGUUUAUUAUAGUAUAUAUAUACAGUACACUGAAAAGAGAAACUAUCUCAAGCUGUUUGCCAAAUAAAAAGUAGUAGUGAUGUAAA